AUGCGUCUCUCGUCAGUCAUGUUGAAAUUCGCAAUCGGACUCGCACAAGCACUGCCUUACGAUCAGCCUGGUUACUCCAGCGGUGUCGCCGAGCUCGAGGCCAGGGAGCCACAAGUCGACGACCCCGGCAAUUACGGUGACUAUGGUUCUUAUGGUUCCUAUGGAGAGUACCCCUCCUUCAGCAUCUCGUCUCCUGUGCCACCUUACACCGUCAUUGUCCCCGUACCUCUCGAGAUUACACGCGUGAUUACCAGCACCGUGGGCAAUUCGGGCCUGAUGCCUGGUUUCACGACGACUACCACCACGACUGUCACUGUUGCAAACCUCACACUCACAGCAUUCCCGACUUUGACUAUCAACUCAACUGCCAACUCGACAAUUGGAGCUCUUCCAGCUUCAUCGGCAAACUUGACAGCUUCUGCCUUUUUGACCCCGUCAAUCAACUCCUCUAUCACAACGCUUCCAACCUCGACAGCCAACGCAACAACCACAGGCAAUGCCACUGUCACCACGCUUCCAGUUACAACUGCCAACUCAACAGCCACAGGUAAUUCCACUUCCACGGCACUCCCAACGUCAUCAGACAACUCGACUGUUACAAUUCUCCCACCCAUAGCGGAGAACACUACAGCCUCUGCGCUCUCUACCUUUGCGGUCAAUCUCACGACGGCUGCUGCAACCCCAUCGGUUAACUUCACAUUGACAUCCUUGCCGACUUCUAUCACCAACACCACAUUCGGUAUUCCUGCAAAUUCCACUAUCGAUAUCAUGUCAACAGCUGCACCGUUGACAACCGGCCCUUCCUCGUUUAUCAUUGCCACGAUGAAUUCGAGCGCUGCACCUUUCGGUAACACAACAGCAACAGCAAUGCCCUCGGGGUCCACUGGCACCCUUUUGGCCGGUCUUCGCCGUAUCCUGUGA